UAACGGCAACGGGCACGAGCCAAAUGGUAUUCUGGUCCGCUCUUCCCGUGACAUUACAUUACGCAUCAGUAGUGAAUCUUUGGGACAAUAACAGAGGCCGAUUUCCAGAGCUUCGGCUAACAGUGGGAACAAAAGCAAGCAAAACACCUGCGCUGUCCGCGAAAAACAGCCCAACAAUUACGUAAAUUAAUAAUUAAUUUUUUUUUUUGCGUCAGCCUCGGCGGCCGUUGAGCCCCCCGCCUUCGCUUUCUGGUACCGUUCCAGUAACGUGUUCGGUUGACUCAAAUUUCGUGGUCAACGUCGCCGUCGACGUCGUCGUCGUGGACGUAGUUAUAGUCAUCCGGGCUGGUGGCGUCGCAGUUAGCGUCACUUGGCGUCGUCGCUCCCCUGAGUUGUUGUUCUUGCGUCCGUUUCUUUUCUACGGUUCUGCAGGGCGGAGUUUGUCCCGAGGCUAUCAAUCGGUGCAGUGUAGUGCUUCUCCUUGUUCUCGCUUCCAGUUCGUUUUAUUGUUCUUCUUGCAUUGCUGCAAAUAUAAAAGAGAAAGAGAGAGAGUGAAAGAGUGAGAGAGUGAUAAAAAAGCGACAGUGCGUCCACACAGUGGCGCUGAAGGAGAAUGGCUUCCUUCAAGGAGAAAUUCAAAUUAUGGUCCAGAGGGAAAUCUAGCCUAAAUCUGCGCGAGUCAUCCUCGUUGUCGGUGGCUGGGGGCAAAGACAAGGAUCGGCUCUCGCUCAACACAGACAACAAAUACACAUCGAAUGCCGCUGGCAGCGGGAGUAGAGCAGGCGGAAGUGGAAGUACAGGUGGAGGAGUAGUGGGAAAUGGGAGUGGGAACGGGUCAGGAAGCAGUGGGCAGAACUCUGCGCUGUCUGCGGGCGACAAACGAGGUGUGGAGCACAGCUUCGAGAGGGAGGACAGAGACAAAGACAGCGGCAAUGAGAAGGAUGCCAACGGAGCCCUGCAUCAAUGCAUCACGGAGCUAGCGGCGUCAAUCAAUAGUGGAGGCGUCAAGCGCCCGGAGGCCGUUGAUGCGGAGCGGGAGUCAUCCGCUAGGCUGCCGCUGCGCAAGUCCACGUCGCAGUACGUAACCGUCAUUCAGGUCAAGGAGGCCAAAGAUAAAGAGGUCGACGAGGCAACCAUGUCGUCAGUUAACGAUCAGCAGCAACAGCAACAGCAGCCGACGCCCCCAUCCACAUUUUCCCGCUAUGCGGCAGGAGGAGCUGGAUUGGGAGCAGAGCCCUCGGCCCCGCCCCUGUCGCCAUCAUUGACUUCGUAUAUGAGCCAUGUGGAAGCCAAGAAGAAAAUGCCACCUAGACCUCCUCCAAAGAAUAUACGACGCGUAGAUCCGCCCACCAUUCCCAGCCAGCAGCAUCACCAGCUGUCGUCGUCGCCCAAGCGAGAGACUCCGACAUAUGCGGGUAGCACCAUGCCCUUGCCCAGCAGCUCUGGUGGCAGCCUCUCCUCGGACAGUCCGGGCAAUUCACUGGAGCGCAACAUCAAGCCCUCGGACAUUCUCAGACAAAAAUCGUCAGAGAACCUGGACGCCAAGUACAUGACCAACAGGAAGACCACGCCGGAGCUGGGGAAGUUCGUCACAAACCCGGAGCUGAUGGAGGAGCUGGGCCGUAAAAUGGUCGGCAAGAUGGACAGUCUGGAGCAUGCCAAGCGUAGCGAGGCAUCCUCUGGCUCCGCCAGCGGCGGCAGUAGCAGCCUUGGGCGUACCUCUUCUACGCCCGGAAGAACUCUGAAUCCGGGCCGCACUGGAGCGGGGACAGUCGGCGCUUCGCCCACAGGCAGCCUAAACAAGACUGCGAAAUUGGCGGUGGCCGACAGCAGCUCCACGAGCAGCCUUGAGAAGAAGGGAGGUGCGCGACUACAGGCCAGCGACGCAGAGGGAGGCAGUGGAAGCGGCGGAGGAGCGAAUCAGCGCAGUGUUGGCUCCAAGGAAUCACUGGCAUCACAAGGCAUAUCGGAAGUUAUCAAGAGCUAUGAGAGCGUUUCCUCGCUGAGUUCGGAGAGCGCCAAGGCGCCAGCGUCGGGGGCCCAUCAGUCGCCGGCAGACCACGAGCCAUACUAUGACAGCGUUCCGCUGGAUAAUGGCGACGGGGAGUACGUUUUCAUCAAGCCCGGCCGCACCGGGUCCUCGUCGAGUCGUGAUGACCUUUCCACGCCUGGCAGCAGCACCUUGCCCAUGGCCCAGGGGCUCAGCAGUCAGACGAGUGUGGUGGAUCCCGAAUCUCCUGGCCGUACCUCCAACUAUGUGAACAUCGAUUACUUUCUUCAACAGAGCAAUGAAACCCGCUCCAGUUCACUGGAUAGCGAUGGCGAGUACGAGGGGCCGCCCAUUCUACGCACCAUUUCACACGACGAGCAGACCACGUCACAAACCACGCCAGGUGCACUGCGCAAGAACUUAGUUUCAGCGAUACUCGUGAGUGGGAAUGCGCGGGGUGCCAAGAUACGAUCUAUCCUGAGCUCGAUAAUACACAGCGAGACGAUCUACGUGGAGUGCCUUAACAAGAUGAUGCAGUAUAAGAAGGCGAUUCAUGCGACGCUGGGCACCUCACAGCCUGUGAUCAAAGAGGAGGAGGAGAACACGAUUUUCUUCAAGAUCGAUGAGCUUUUCGAGGUGCACACCGCCUUCCUUGGCGACUUGAAGACGAUUGUGUCCCACGAGGGCGGCGACGUGCUUAUUGGGGAGGCCUUUAAGCGGCUAGCGGACAUGUUCGAGCUGUACAGCGCCUUCCUGCACAACUACGGCCAGGCCAUCGAAACUGUGAAGAAGUGCAGCGCCAGCAACCCGCAAUUCAAGAAGAUCGUCUCGACGAUCGUCGUCAACCUGCAGACGGAGCAGUCGCUUACGCUGGAGGAUCUGCUGCAUAAGCCGGUGGCCAGGGUGCAGAUCAACGCUAUGGUCUUCAACGAUCUGCUGCGCGAGACACCAGCCAACCAUCCGGACCACCAGCCGCUCCGGCAGGCCCAGAAGAUCAUACAGAUGUUCCUCAACCAGUUCAACGUCUGCCAGCGGCUGCCUACGGAGUCAAACCGAAACCUUAGGCGCAUGGUACGGAACUCCUUCAUCGUGGAGCUCGUGGACGGACAUCGCAAGCUGCGGCAUCUUUUCCUCUUCAAUGACGUGAUCGCGUGCGCCAAGUACAAGGCCCUGGGGAGGGAUCGCAUUGACUACGAGCUCAAGUGGUUCAUACCACUCAAGGAUAUCACUGUCUACGAGGAGGCCGACAGCGCGGCGGAGUUCAAGGAAUCUAGUCCCGCGAAUAUUUCGCAAGUGAAGCGCAACCUGCGCUCGGUACGCGACCAGCUCAUUCUCGAGGCCAACGGGGUGCGCACCGGCGACAAGUACCGCCGCAAACUGGCCGAUCUUGAGUCGCAGCUGGUGCUGGCAACGCCCAAUCUAGUUCUGCGCCUGGGGAACAGGGCCAACAAUAAGACUGUGACCUUCUUCCUCAGCUCCGACUUUGAGCGGACGCAUUGGAUGGACUCCAUCACUUCGCUCAAGCAAAAGUGCAAUCUGCCGGGAGCGAAUACCAUCAACUCGCUGGAGGUCACCGCCUUCAUUGUGGCCAUGCAGAAGGGCAUGAAGACUGAAAUGGGUUCGUAUCUGAUGCGCAACACCAACGACGAGAGCCUCCUCGUCGGUGACCUCCACAUGAGUAUCCAGGGCCUGGGCGGGCUCGAGCAGCCGUCGGAUCUUUAUAUCUGCGUCGAGGUGGACUCUUAUGGGCACUACUUUCGCAAGGCCACCACCAAAAUAAUCUGCCGCAGCCAGACUCCGCUGUGGAACGAGAGCUUUAUGCUCGAGCUGGAGGGCAGCCAAAAUGUGCGCAUCCUGCUUUACGAGGCGAAAGACCGUCCUCUGCUGAGGGCUAAACACAUACUGAAGUUGAGCCACACCUGGCUCACUGAGACCAACCAGAUGCGCACGAUCAAGUUGAGCGAGAUCCUGGAACUGAGCUGCAGCUUCCGUUUCGUACCCGGUGAGCUGUGCCGUGCCACCACGAAGCCAGGCGCCCUCUUUGGCGCCAAAAUGAGUCAAGUAUUAAAACGCGAGAAACGUGACAUUCCGUUCAUCAUCAGUGCCUGCAUACGGGAGGUGGAGCGACGUGGAAUGUUGGAGGUGGGGUGUUAUCGCGUUAGCGGCUCUGCCUCGGAUCUGUCCAAGCUGAAGAAAGCCUUCGAGUCGGAUGCCUAUGAGGCGGAGCAGCUGCUGCGGGAGGUGGACAUCCACUCGGUGACGGGCAUUCUGAAGACUUUCCUGCGCGAGCUCCCCGAAGCCUUGUUUACGGAUCAGCUGUAUCCGCGCUUCUUCGACACAUUCAGCACGCUGAGCAACAACAAUGAGGCCACACGCACCAACGAGUUGCUCAAGGUGUUUGAGGAGCUACCGCCGGCCAACAAGGCAUCGAUCUGUCUGAUCCUGGAUCAUCUGAUCAGAGUCCACGAGAAGGAGGCCGAUAACAAGAUGUCCCUGCACAAUCUGGCUAUGGUCUUUGGGCCCACCCUUUUACGGCCGGGACAGACGCAGGUGAAGCAGAAGGACCCCCUGGCGGCCAGCACUGUGGAUGUGAUGGCCCAGGCCGGGAUACUCUACUGCUUUCUGCAGGCUCGCAUUAAGAAUUAGAAUUAGGCGGGAACCCGACACUCGUGGGAUAGAUGGGAGUGGAUGAUAUAUAUUUUUUUUUAUUUUAAAUAGCAAUAGCACGCGUACAUGAAACACUUGUCCAGAUCACACGCCAAGCCCCAGUCUCAUAUCCCAAUCCAUCCAAGAAACACACAAGCACACACACUCACAGGAAAAUGCGCUGCCUAUUGUAUAUACCCGGAGAAAAGGAAGCGGCAGCGGAAGCUGCCAACGAUUUACGGAUUUAAAAAAGAUAAACUUACUUAUGAAUGAAGAAAAUUAUAAAACUGUUCAAAACUGGCGGUCACUGGAGAGGCAUACACACACACACAAACACACACACACACACACACACACAUACACAAACAUAAAUAUAUACCCUGCACGGAUGCUGAAGUGUCCAACACUUAAGCUGAUCCACCUCCUCGUCCACCAGCGACACAGUCCCUGUCCCUGUCCCUGGCUCUGACCCACUACCAAGGCUUACUUAUGUAGCUUCUUGCUUGUAUACUCGUCGUACAUAUGAUACAUAUAAAAAUAUAUCCUAAUAUAUAUAUUCAUAUAGAUGAUAUGCUUCUGCUUUAUACAUAUGUAUACACAAAACUUAGGAGGGCGUUACGCACACGAUCGGAUUCCCGUGCCCCAAACCCUGUAACCUGUAACACGUAACCCGUAACCCGUGCUCCUGCCACCCGUCUCCCCCUAGCUUACUGCAACAAUUGCAACACCAACAAAAAUGCAAAAUUUUCAACUUUAAAAGUAUAUAAAUACUUCUAUGCAUACAUAUAUAUAAUACAUAUAUAUGGAGACAUGCCUAAAUAAUCAUUAAAAUUCGUAGGACUAUAAUUACCGAAGUGUAUGAUGAAGAUUGAUUGGCGAUUAUGUGCGGUGUUCGAGUAUGUGUAUGCUUAAAUAUAGUUCUGUUUUUUUUUUCGUCGUCUUGUUUUAUAUUAAUUGUUUAGGUUUUAUAUAAAAAAACGUAAA